CGAGUGAAUCGCUUUUGAGAGUAUCGCUAAUUUAAGUUACAACUUAUUCUAUUAGGAAAAAGUUGUAGAAUAUCUAAUAGCACCUGUGAAUUUUAAAAUGGCAUAUUUUGAUGGGAAUUGGGAUGUUGACAAAUAUAGAGAAGAACAUGAAAGUGAUCAACACUGGUUAUUAAGAAAAGCGUUUAUGGAGCGAUGGAAAUAUUUUUAUUCCGAGGAAAGACUUGUUUGUUUGGCCCGAGUUUUUACCAACAUUGGGUUUCUUGGAUGCAAGUAUCCAAUGGAAAUCAUGCAAGAGGUUUCAGCUUUAUCAAAAGAGGUUACUCAAUACUAUCAAACACAAAUGCAGAAUAUUCAAACAAUGGAACCUGAUGAAGUAAUAGAUAAAUAUGUCAAUAUUGCAAUAGAAUGCAAAAUACCCAAAAAACCUAGAGAGAAACGGAAAGGUAUUAAAUCUGCUUCGACAUUUACUGAAACCCCGAAUUUACUGGCUAUUGAGCCAAUACAACCAAGGGAGGUAGACACUGAAACACCAGUCAAACCUAGCCUGUCACCUGUAGAAGUGGUUGAAGUGCCUACACUAUCUUCACAAUCAGACAGUAUGCUAAUGGCAGGUUGGACCCUUGUAGGACCUAAGGGCCUUAAGCACAACAAUCCUCGUAAGGGGCAAAGUCAACUGCUAUCAGCACCGAAUGAUACUGGACACCAUCGGCCAAACAGGAGACAGAGGCGAAUAAGAGCCCGUCUUCGUAAGGCUGAAAGUCAGAAAAUCGGACCCCUUACAGUACCCGAGCCCCCACCCAGUACUUCGGAUAUACAAAUCCGACCAAUGAACAGGGAGAUUCACAAUAAUAAAUUUCGUCUUUCCAUCGAUGUCGGUGCUGACGCCCAGUCCACUGUAUUGUCCAAACUUUCGACAAAAUCUCCCAAGGGCGAACACAAAAGGCCAUUAUUUAAACAGCCAAAACAAACAUCUUCCUAUACAGACGUUACAAAAACUGACCCGAUUGUGGCUAUCACAUCAGUCUCAACAAGUCACAUAAACUCAGCGUUGGCACAGCUUAUCCAGAGUAAGCUCGAGGAAAAACUUAUGAUAGCCAUGCAGACCGCCCCGAGUGGACAAGGGCCUGCGUUUCUGGGCAAACCUGUUUACGAGUGGGGCGUCUUGAAACUGUGGUGUUCUAACUUGAAAACUUUGGAGUGGUUAAAAAAUGCUGUCCGGGACAUCACACUCCCAAAUGGAGACGGCCUGAUAGUGAAACACAUAUGGGAAGUGCCACGCGGAGUUCGCUGUGGCGUCCUGCUGCCUGGUGUGUGGAAUGAUAUCAAAGCAAUCGGCGGAACGCUACACUUCCAGAAUUCAUGGGCGGAAGUGGAUCGCUGGUUAAUACACUCCUUGCACCAUCACAAUGAAAACACCUUCAUUGUUCUCAGUGUACCGGAGGAGAAGGUCCCUGUGCUAAUAGAACACGAGCGUCGUCUGGCUUUCAUGCUGGGCUCUGUGUACCUAAAGUUUCAGGGACCAGGAGGAAAAUUUAUUAAGACUCCCCCCUUCGACGUUGAAAAUCGAGAAGGUUGUACGUUGAGAGAUCCUGGGACAAUGAAUGUUUUGGAAGGUACACAGGCAAAAAUUAUAGACGCCGAACAAUCCAAUGCGGGCGCGCGUUGUUUGGAUUCCCCUUCGGAUGAGGCUCUUGAAAGCUCAGUAGAGCUCAUGUUGUCAGACUCCAAGUGCGAUGCUGAGUGCAAUUAGGGGCCUGGUGAGUUCUACGUCGGGAACUUGGAGGAGCGUGAAGUAUCAAAAUAUGGUAUACCCUUCGUCUAAGUGUACUUUCCAAUAAAAAUACUUCCGCCGCAAUGAAACCGCAGACACCUAACAUUGGAAAUGGUUGGAGGUUUGCCCUAAGCCAGGAGCCAUGUAUUAGGCGAGGUCGCACAUGGCGGCUCUCCAAUAAGAAACACUAGUUGCGGUAGAAGACACAUAAUGAAGCGACGUCUCUCUGCAAGGCCAAAUGAUCGGGCCGUUCACAGAGCACUGCAUGCCCAGCAAUUCGCUGCACGCUCUGCGUUACACGCGGUAAAAUAGUUCGAGCUGAUACUAGGAGAGCAGUACUUCAUAUGUGGCUGGUCCUUCGACUUGUAGAGCGCUACAGCUUUAUGCAAGGCUAUUUGUAUGACGGCCAGCAUUUCUUCAAAGCUUUGAAUUUGCUUUCCAGAUGACCGCGGAAUUGGCAAUCGCUCAAAAUUGAAGAACUCAAGAAGUGUUGUCGAAGAGCGCUGAUAAAACAAAUGGUUUUUUUGAGGCUAACGCGCAAACUUGAGUCUUUCGGGGGUUAAAAUGAUCAAGCCUAAUUUUACCGCACGCCAUGACCGAAAAGGAACAGAGGACUCGAUAUACGAUACAAGUCUAUUCGGUUGUUGUCGACGAUUUCCCGAGAGAGCCACCGCACAGCUCGUAUAUACGGCAUCUGCAGUAUUGUCAUCUACGUAACAUCCAACAUAUCAUCUAUAUACAGAAGAAAGAACAAGUGUAGGAGAUAGUACAGAGCCCUUGGGAACUCCAGCAUUCACGGGAUUCGGCUUGGAGAAAUAUCUGGCGUUGAGUUGUAUGCUGCGCCCACUGAGGAAAGUGGUGGUGCACUUAAAAUCUCGGGAAGCCCCAAAGGUAGAAAAUUUUGACAGUGGAAGCGUAUUAACCUAUUCGGAUCGAGGUUUUCUAAUCCGCGCGAUUUUGGCCCUUGAGAAAGGCUCUGUCAAUGCAAAUUAUUUUACGUGUCGCAAUAGAUUGCUUAUAAUCGGGAUGAUUACAGUGCAUGUAUCUGAAAGCUAUUGAAACAAGAUAUAAGACCAUGCAUAAAUUAUUCAUAAUUGGAAAGUUAUAUUUUAAACUAGCUGACCCGGCAAACGUUGUUUUGCCAUAGUAUAAUUCACGCGAUAGUUUUAUAAGUAAUAAAAUAUUGCCUAUAUUAUAGCCUGUACAUCAUUUUGUUCUAUUGUCAAUAGUUUUUGCAGCGCACGCAAAAAUAGGUUUUCGAUUUUACACCUUGUGUUACAAAAUAGCAAUUUUAUUACGGAUCCCUAAUUUUGAAAAAAAAACAACCUAUAGCCUUCCUCGAUAAAUGGACUACCCAACACUGAAAGAAUCAUUCAAAUCGGACCAGUAGUACCAGAGAUUAGCGCGUUCAAACAAACAAACACUGCAGCUUUAUAAUAUUAUAAUAUUAGUAUAGAUUAAAUGAGUAUUUUCAAUAAUAA